GAAGACCAUGCUCGAUUCCGGGCUCAAGACCAUCUGUGAAUACAAUUCAGUCCAUAUCUUCUGUGGUCUCUUUGGUCUUCUCAUAACUCUUUUCUGGACUAGUCGAUCCCAGAUCUGCAAGACUUGGUGAGCCAAUGCAUGAGUCAAAAUGCUGCUCUUCGAUGACAGGCUGCUCUUCGAUGAUGGGCUGUUCUUCGACAACAGGACGCUCUUCGAUGAUGGGCUGUUCUUCGACAACAGGAUGCUCUUCGAUGAUGGGCUGUUCUUCGACAACAGGCCGCUCUUCGAUGAUGGGCUGCUGUUCAACGAUGGCCUCCUCAGCCACAGAUUGUUCUUCGAUGCAUUGCUCAUUGAUGACAGACUGCCCCUCGACAUCAAACUCUACGAGGGCAGCUUCAGCAAGACUAAGAACAUUCAAUGCUUGAAAAUGCUGGUUCAUAGUAUCAUCGUAGUCGCUCUUCAGCUUCUUUCGCUCUUCUUUAGAUAACACUUUAGCCAGUGUGACUUUGUGGAAUAACAUGAGACCAACCUUUCUCUGCUUCUGUUCGAUAUCUCUUUCCCUUCUUUGAGAAGUAUAGCUCACGGGUAUUCUCGAGAGCUGCUUCACUGUCACUUUUUUGCCUUCUUGCAAUCUCAAG